GCGGCAGCGCCAGAGAAGAAGAAGCUGCGCGGAGGUCAUGCCGUGUCCAUCAUGUCCGUGUUUUUACCCACUCUGCUGCUCUGCGUUUACGGCUUCUUCUCCAACCUGCGGCCGUCGGAGCCCUUCCUCACCGCCUACCUGAUGGGACCGGACAAGAACUUAACGGAAACUCAGGUUGUGAAUGAGAUCUAUCCCAUAUGGACGUAUUCCUACUUGGUGCUGCUGUUCCCCAUCUUCCUGGUCACCGACUACCUCCGCUACAAGCCUGUUCUGCUGCUGCAGGCCUCCAGCCUGGUGGUCACCUACGUGAUGCUGUGGAAGGCCGAGGGUCUGCUGGCCAUGCAGCUCCUGGAGUUCUUCUUUGGGUUGGCCACAGCUUCGGAUGUGGCCUACUACUCGUACAUCUACAGCGUGGUGGAGCCGGAGCACUACCAGAGAGUGACGGGUUACUGUCGCAGCAUCACCCUGUUCGGAUCGGCCGCCGGGUCUCUGGCCGGACAGCUUCUGUUCUCUGUGGCCAAAGUCCAGCUGCUUCAUCUCGUCAUCUUCACGCUGGCGUCGGCCGGCGUGGCCUUCCUCGCCCCCUGGUUCCUCCCGAUGCCCAAGAGGAGUUUGUUCUUCCACAAGAGUCCAGGAGCAGCGGAGGAGAGGCCUGGCAGCAGGAGCAGCUCACAGAUGGAGAAGACCGAGGAUCUGGAGAACAAAAUGCCUCUGAACAUCCAGGAGUCCACCACGAUGUCCAGGUCCUCUGAGGCUGAGAGGCGCCACAGUGGUCUGAAGGAAGUGUUGCGGGUUUUGUUUGAAGACUUUGUUCAGUGCUACAGAUGUGGUCCUCUGCUGGCCUGGUCGCUGUGGUGGGCUUUGGCCACCUGUGGCUACUUCCAGGUCGUCAACUACGCUCAGGCUCUGUGGGAGAACGUCCGACCUUCCAAGAAUUAUGAAAUCUACAACGGCUACGUGGAGACGCUGUCCACGCUGCUCGGAGCUCUGGCUGCUCUGCUGGUCGGCUGCCUGCCAGUGUCCUGGGCUGUGUGGGGGGAGAUGGCUUUGUUUCUUCUCUCACUGCUGAUGGCUGCCUGUGUGUUUGUCAUGGACACGGUGAAGGACAUCUGGCUAUGCUACAGCUCCUACGUCCUCUUCAGAGCCACGUACAUGCUGCUCAUCACGGUGGCCACGUUCCAGAUUGCAGCCAGCCUCAGCAUGCAGCGCUACGCCCUGGUGUUUGGAGUCAACACCUUCGUAGCUCUGCUGCUGCAGACGCUGCUCACUGUGGUGGUGGUGGACACAGCAGGCCUCGGCCUCAACGUUUACACUCAGUUCCUCAUCUAUGGCGCCUACUUUGCCGUCAUUUCUGUGAUCUUCCUCCUCGCUGGGCUUUGCAAACUGGCCUCCAGGAGGCGCUCUGAGCAGGAGGUCCUGACCAACGGCCGAGCAGAAACAGAAUCAGACUCUCCUUCCAGCAGCGAGGCAGCCUCCUGCAGAUAGCACUGAAUAAUGAUUAGUUCUCACGUACAAACGCACCAAAGGUGAGUGAGCACAGGUCAUCAGGUGAGCUCCAAUCAUCUCGUCAGCCACUUACUGUCCAAUGAGAAUGUGACCCAGUAGAAAGUAGAUGUCUCUAGAACUACUGUAGGAUGCUCACUAUGUAUUUACCAACACUUUCUGCUUAAAACACAAGCUGCAUCACUCCAUGUUAGCCAGCAGGUGAAAGACCUCCAAAACGAGCUAAAUGGCCUCGACACGUCAGUGUGUAUGUUUAAUAAAACGGCUGCUGGGACCUCUUCUUUAACAGAAAACGAGAGCACUGAGACUGAAAUAUACCAAAAAUACAUCCAAAAAAAUUAUAUUCAACACAUUGAUGGAUGUUUCUAGUGCUGUUGCAUGUCUGUGGGUAGAAAUACCUCCAUCCGCACGCUAACGGUUAAUCAGCUGCUGACUGUUGGUUCAGAAAAUAGUUAAAAACUGCAUUCCUGGUAUGAAUAUUACUAAACUAAUGGGGAUGAUCCUGAGCUGUUCCAUCUGCCACUGAGAUAUAACAACACUGAGCUAAUCGAUCCUGGUUUGAUUUAAAGUGGAGGUCAUUAAACGUCUCAGAAGACUUUAUCAUCGUGCCCUUUUACUAGCUAGCUACUAGCGACGAUGCUCUGCCUGCUACAAAACAAAGACUUCAACUGCAAAAAAAAAGGUCAAUGCAGCUUUAAAAGCAUCACAGAUAAAAGGCUUCAUCCUGCACUUUAUAAAUGUAUGGAAAUCCUUCUCUGUCAUUUCCAGCUUAGUGAAGCUGACGCCUUAGACUCGAUAUAAUCAAAGUUAAAUGAGCACCUUUACUUUUAUCACCAGCCAAAAAACAUGUUUGUGUCUUUAUUUAUUAGUUCCUCCUGUAACCACACAAAGACUGUCUGUUGUUCUAUCGUUGACACAAACUUAAAUCUGGUUGUAUAUCUACUGAUUAUCAGGCCUUUUUGUGUCUGUCUUGAAGCUACAAAUGUUCACGGUUUAUUUCUAUAUAGAUGUUUAUGACUGCUGGAUUACUGUUGCUGUAUUUGGAGAAAGUGCCUGAAACGUUUUUUUAAAAAAUGUGGGGCUGCUUUGGGGUUUUUGUUUUGUUUUUUCAAUGAAAAUCUAUUUUUUGUCAACAAAUCCAGUGAAAUAACCAAAAGUGUUGUUCUGGUUCUCACUGGUUCCUUCUGAAGACAAAAACCUUUAAAAAUAAAACUAAACUGCUGAGUUUUUCAAACAGAUUAACGCUGUAGUUUGCGUCCAAUGUGACUUAAAGCAAACGCUUCUUUCAGCAGUAGAUAUCUAAUAUGUGUGUGGAGCUUUCUGUAACAUUUCCUGUUGUUAGGAUCAGUUUAGCCUUGGUUUGACUUUGGGAUUUGUUGACGGAAAAAAAUGUGGAAUAUCACCACGUUACUUUAAGAGUAAAAGUGAUGACCAAACUAUUGUCUUGCAUCAGUCCAAUCAAUUUAGAAGACAUAAAAAGCCAAAAGGGGCCAAAUAUAAACUAGAUGUUGCUGUGAUUGUACCAACCUAGAGCCCUGCUAUAGACAGGUGACAAAUUAAAGGAAAAACCAACCUUUAGCGUCUUAAAGCCGGAACAGCUUCAAUGCUCUUCAGCUUUGAUUGUUCAGGUCUAUAGAACUCAACUAGAGGGAUGGGAUAGAAAUUUAUUUAAUAAUUUAGGCAUUUUUGUGUUUUCAUUGUGGUGGUGGGCAAGUGGACUCAAACGAUACCAGCUAAAUGCCCCCAGAGCACAACAGAUUCCUUUUCCUUGAAUUUGUCACCCGUCUGCAGCUUGUGAAGGCAGCCAGGCGUUAUAUUCCAAUGUCUAGUUUUUAGUAAGUGUCGCUCCAUGUCUACAGAAAGUACAGAUAUCAGCCUUGAAGUGUUUCAGAAGUUGUACUUUUGCUCAGCAGCACAAUCACAAAACGACAGAGUUUGCCUUUUCAGAGAAGGAAGAGCUGGUUUCUGUGUCGGUGUCAAGGUUUCUACUGGGAGAUAAGCAGUGACUGUUGAGUCCUGUGUGAUAAAGUCUGAAGAAUAAAUGGACCAAAUGUCCAAACGUAGAUGCAACACAUUUCACAUCUGGUCUGAGAUGUUUAGAUCUAAUGAGAGCAUUUCAAAACUAAUGUUAGAUUCACUCUCUGAACCCCGACACCUGCCGACGGAUUUUAUCUUUAAAAAAAAGGAAAAAAAAUCACCAAAAUUCUUCUAUCCAUCAUAGAAGGAAACUAGUAAAAACAGAAAAAUUGGAAUUUCUUCAUUUUUGUUUAACUAACCAUGUGUGAUGUGCAGAUCUACACCACUGUUCAACAGUUUGGGGUCAUCCAGACAAUUCAAGGGUUUUCUAAUCAUCAAUGAGCCUUUCAACACCAUUAGCUAACACAAUGUAGCAUUAGAACACAGGAGUGAUGGUUGCUGGAAAUGUUCCUCUGUACCCCUAUGGAGAUAUUCCAUGAAACAUUUCCAGCUACAAUAGUCAUUUACCACAUUAACAAUGUCUACACUGGAUUUAUCAUUCAUUUCAUGUGAUCUUCAUUGAAAAAAAAAUGCUUUUCUUUCUAAAAUAAGGACAUUUCUAAGAGACUCGAAACUUCUGAACGGUACUGGACAUCUGGAAAAUUAACUAAAAUAAACUUAAAAUCACUUUAUUCUGCAUGUCUCGUUUGAAUAUUAACAUAAAAUAAAGAGUUUGCUAGAAACCGUUUCUGUAAAAAACAAAAAAUUUAGAACUCUUCUGCGCAACAAAGACGCUGGGACUGAUUGAGGUGCAACUGAUCGUCUCAUUACAGAAAUUCUUCGAUUAUUUGCCUGAACUGCAGGCAGCAUUUCCACAGAGCAGAGAGAAGACGAGUAAAGAAACAAAUCUAAGCAGUAAAAUAUAAUUACAGAAUGUAGCGCUACCAUUUUAUUUUGUUAGGGUUCAUGUUGCACAAGCUGAUUUGAGGUUAUAAAAUGAAUAAUCAUGGUUGUUCUGUUUCUACAGAGGUGCAGGAUUUUAUAUAAAAAUGAGCCUACAGUGAGGAAAAAUGUGACAGAAAAAAACUGUUCAAGUCUGAAAUAGUUUAUACUGCACAUGGAAUAAUGAAUUCAAAUGAAAUUCAGACUCCUACAAGUGAAAAUGCUUUUCUAAAAUGAAUUAACUUUUAUUUAAGCUGAAAGAAAAACAUAUUUGUCACUAAUUGUGAGUAUCUGAGGGGAUAAGUGAAUGUAUUCCAGACAUUUGGCCUAAAUGGUGCCUCUACUUUCUCCUCUCCAAGGUUCCUCAGAUUAUAUUUCCUUCUUUUCAGACCCUCUGACAUCUCAUUAGACUGAUGCAGUGAAAUGUGGCUCUCAGAUCAGUGUGGAUGUGUCCAUUCCAGGUUUUGGUGAAAGUUGUUUGUGCUGUUAUCAGAUGUGUUCAUACAUGAACUCCUGAGUGUGGAGUUUACCUACUGAAAGGUGUGUGUUGACCUAAAUAUCUGUGUUAAUCCCCCACCAUACAUACGCACAAAAACACAUGAAGCACUUGAAGUUUCUGAGUUGAUGUCUUUGCAAUAAGUGUCAUAAAGAAAUCAACUGUUUUGCCCAAUAAUGCUGCUUCUGGUGUCAAGUCAGCUGUUGUUUUUGUGUUUUAUAAUCAUUCUGUUUAUCCUGAAAUAAACCUUUUUUAAAAAGUAA